UCUCUGCGUCCGUCCCUCCCUCGCUUGACUUCUCUCUCCGCGUCACUUCUCUUCCACCUCUUGUAGUAGCUGCUUCUCCUCCCGAUCGAGCAGAGGCAGUAGUAGCUUAGCUAGCAGAUAUAUACUGUAGCGAUGGAGUAAUAUGAUCGUCGAUCGAGCCGAUCCGCGCGAUGCAGAUUCGCCACGCCCUCGUCCACCUCAUUACCCUGGGGAUGGUUAUCAGCUCGGCAUUGAUGAUAUGGAAGGGAUUGAUUAUCAUGACAGGGAGUGAGUCGCCACUAGUUGUGGUUCUAUCUGAAAGCAUGGAGCUUGGAUUUGAAAGGGGGGAUAUCCUGUUUUUGCAAAUGAGCAAACACCCUAUACGAACAGGAGAUAUAGUUGUUUUCAAUGAUGGCCGUGAAAUUCCAAUCGUCCAUCGCGUUAUUGAGGUUCACGAACGACGGGAUAAUGCACAAGUUGAUUUCCUCACAAAAGGUGACAACAAUCCUAUGGACGACCGAAUUCUUUACACACAUGGGCAGCUUUGGCUUCAGCAACAUCACAUCAUGGGACGGGCCAUAGGGUAUCUACCCAAAGCUGGGUGGGUGACAUUGGUGAUGACUGAGAAACCAGUUAUUAAGACAAAUCAAGCUGCAAAUUUGCAGGUGAUGGGGUGCUUCAAUUCCAAACCAAACAAUGCCGGUGCGAUCAGAAGAAGACAUGGGAGGGUAGAAGUGGAUGUUUGCGCCUGGAUUAUGAGUUCCUGAGGCUCAGAGGAGCUGCGUCGAGGACUUGGAUAAUUUUCAUGGCUACUCGCUACUCAUGAGCACUACUCCUGACUAGGCCCAGGAGGCGCACGAUCACUCUUCAUGGUUCAUUCAUGGCACAUCUGCUAAAUUGAUUAUCAAGAAGAAUAAUGGCAGAGGUGAUGAACUAACUGUCUGAAUUCAGUGUUUUUUUUUUCGCCGGGAAGGCUGAAGGAGACCAUCCGAGUAUAUUAAGAAGGAGUAAAAGUUACAAGAAAAACACCACAACUGAAUUCAGUGCUUGCUGGACUGCUGAUCUUCUGCAGGCUUUGGAGGAUUAUUUGCCUCUGCUCUUCUCAGCCUAGUCAAAGAUGAUAACCUGAUUUCCCCUUCUUUUUAAUUGGUCUGAAUGAAAUCCAGGAGAUUUGUGUCAGUCGAGGUUGAAUUCUUUUACAGGGAGCGAGUUGGAAGAUAGUACAAUUUUGCAUUUAUGAACGAAGAGGAUGAUGCAGAGGUCCGCGUGCACCUAUAUUGUUGCAUGUGGUGUAGGACAAUAGGAGUGAUACUGUACUGUGUUUGAUCAUCUAUUUGUCUUGUGUACCGUCAAUGCCCAGUGCUUAGAAUGAGAUGCUACCUGUUGUCUUGGACACGUGACGGCUAUGCUGCAUUCGUCCGAAGCAAUUUUUGUGCGUCUUCCUAAGACAUGUAUUGAGGGAUACCAUGCUAAUAUAAGGUAUCUGAGGGUCUGGAGCAAUAUGUAAGCAUAUGAGAUACAGAUAAUUAGACUCUGAAACUUUGUGUUUGUAUUCCAUGAUAAGUUUGCUGCUGUGAUAUCAA